AUGAGUUCGUCAAGAGAAACACCUGAUGAGACCUAUGAGACAGUGCAAGAAUCCGUUAAGGACUUUGUAGAAAAGCAUUGGAAGUCAAUUGCUAUUGGAACAGCGGCUGCAGUGACCGUCGCAGCUCUAGUUUAUUAUAAUUCUUCAUCUUCAUCAGCUCCCAAACGACCUCCUGCAACAAAAGGAGGAAACGCUUCAGCUUCGAGUAAGAGUAAGGGCAAAGACAAGACAUCAAAGAAGCCUGUGGAUGUGGAAGCUGGAACUCACAAGGCUCAACACUCGGAUGAUGUGUCUACGCCAGCUAUGACUGUAGAAUCUGAUGGUAGAACUUAUGCUGAAGUAGCUGCUACUGAUCCUGAUCUCUUUGUGGAAGACGUGUCGAGUCUAACACCUCAGAGACGAGCUGAGCUAGCAAAGACUGCCAAGACAACGGGCAACAAGUUAUAUGGAGAGAAAAAGUAUGCUGAAGCGGUCGACCUCUACAGUCAAGCCAUCAGAUUGCAACCAGAAGCUGUAUUCUACAGCAAUCGAGCUGCAUGUUAUGCCAAUCUGGGCAAAUACGAUGAAGUGAUAGUCGACUGCACAGAAGCACUCAAGCAAGAUCCAAACUAUAUUAAGGCAUUGAAUCGUCGUGCAACUGCUUUUGAUCGAUUGGGAAGGGCUAAAGAAGCACUAAAUGACUUCACCACCAUUUGUAUCAUGGAAGAAUUCAAGAGUGAGAGUACUGUUGCAUCAACUGACCGUAUUCUCAAGGAUAUUGGAAAGAAGAUGGCUGAAGAAUUGAUGGCAUCUAAAGAGAAACGUCUCCCAUCAGAGACCUUCAUCACCGCAUACAUGGAUUCCUUCCGACAAACAAGCACACAAAUCUCCAAAAUCACUAGUCUCAAAGCUGAACAAGAAGGAGACACACUAGUUCAGGAGGCAUUCUCAUUGAUUGCGAGUCGCAAAUACAAGGAAGCUUAUGAAGCUUCUGUAAAAGCAAUCAAGUCUGGCCAAUUUAGUGCAAAGUUUGAACCACUGGCCUACAACCUAUGCGGAACCUUCCACUUCUUGAAGGGGGAUAUUGAAUCUGCGAUGGUUGACUUUGAAAAGUCAUGCGAACUGGAUCCUUCCAACGUCAACUCGUUAAUCAAACGAGCAUCAAUCUAUAUGGAACGAAGCCAAGUGGACAAGACUAUGGAAGAGUUUGAACGUGCCAAAAACGUGGAUGAAACCGAUCCCGAUUUAUACUACCACCGUGGUCAAGUUCGAUUCUUAACGAAUGACUUGGCAGGUGCCGCUGAAGAUUAUAAAAAGUCAAUUCAAUUAGAUCCCGACUUUGUCUAUGCCCACAUCCAGUUAGGUGUAGCACAGUACAAGAUGAAUGAUGUGAAGGAUGCCGUUGCAACCUUCAAGUCAGCUGCUAGAAAGUUCAAGCAAAGCCCUGAAGUUUACAAUUACCAUGGUGAAAUCCUCCUUGAUCAACAAUCUUUCCAAGAUGCUGAGGAAAACUUUAACAAGGCCAUCCAACUUCAACCCACUUCACCUCUUCCAUACAUCAACAAGGCCAUUCUAUAUCUACAAUGGAAGAGCGACACGACUACAGCUGAGUCUCUAUGUCGCAAAGCUACAGAAGUUGAUCCACUGUGCGAUAUUGCUUAUGCACAGCUUGCCCAGCUCCUGUUGUAUCAGAUGCGUAUUGAAGAAGCACUAGAGAACUAUGAUAAAGCCAUUGCUGUGACAAGAACAGAACCUGAACUGAUCAAUGCCAUCUCUUGUCGUGAAGCUGCUCGAGCUCAAUUGCAUGUGGCUACGAAUUAUCCGGAAAUCAUGGCCAAACUCGCACGACGUUCAUAG